UAUCGAAAAAAUUGAUGAAUUGGGCGAAUCGAUGAGCCGUGGUAGUUGCACCAGAUCCCUUUCACUGUGUCUGUGACCACUCUUCUUCUAAACACCCCCCCAUUAGCUCACUCUCUUCACCUACCCCAAUACCCAUUCCCUUUUAUUCUCUUUCAUUCCAAACCCAUUUUUCAAAUCAUCAUGGAUUUUCUACAAACACCAGAAAAUCAAAUUCUUGUUGGUGUCGCCGUUGCUGUUGUAGCCAUUGGUGUUGGUGCUAUCUAUCUCCUUUCUUCUAAGAAGUCCAAAGCUUGCUUGAACCCAGACCAGUUCAGGGAGUUUAAACUUGUCAAGAAAGCACAGCUGAGCCAUAAUGUUGCAAAGUUCACAUUUUCACUCCCAACACCCACAUCUGUUUUGGGUCUUCCUAUUGGACAACACAUAAGUUGCAGGGGUAAGGAUGGUCAAGGUGAUGAGGUUAUCAAACCAUAUACUCCUACAACUUUGGAUUCCGAUGUUGGACAUUUUGAACUAGUUAUCAAGAUGUACCCUCAAGGAAGGAUGUCACACCAUUUCCGUGAGAUGCGUGUUGGUGACUAUCUUGCUGUUAAAGGACCAAAGGGACGUUUCAAGUACCAACCGGGUGAGGUUAGAGCAUUUGGGAUGCUAGCUGGAGGCUCUGGAAUCACUCCAAUGUUCCAAGUUGCUCGAGCAAUAUUAGAAAACCCAAAUGACAAGACCAAGGUGCAUCUUAUCUAUGCCAAUGUUACAUUUGAGGACAUUCUUUUGAAGGAAGAACUUGAUGGUCUUGCUACUAACUAUCCAGAUCGGUUUAAAAUAUACUAUGUGUUGAAUCAGCCUCCUGAGGUAUGGGAUGGUGGCGUUGGAUUUGUUUCAAAAGAGAUGAUUCAAGCACAUUUGCCUCCUCCAGCACAAGAUAUUAAGAUAUUGAGAUGUGGGCCACCACCAAUGAACAAGGCUAUGGCAGCUCACCUGGAAGCCAUCGAAUAUGCUCCCGAGAUGCAGUUCCAGUUUUGAUUGUCUUCAUCAUGGCGCUUAACAUUGCAUUUCAUGGCCUUAGUUGAUUAAGAGACUGAUAUCAGAUUUAAUUUUUUUUGGGUUAAGAGUCUGGGAUUUACAGUGCAUUUAGUUUCACAACUUUCUUGAGAUUUGAAGUCUGAAAUAAUUUCUUCUCAUAUGAGAAUGAGAUAUCGAGAUUGGUACAUUGACCAUGUGCUAGAAAAUGCAUAAUACAUUUUGAACUCUUAAAUCUCUGUGCAUCACGGUAACUAAUGAACUUUUAUGGUUUCAAAAUCUCCUAAAA